AUGGAGAUUGAGUUCGGCAAGCGUCUUCCGCAAGAUUUGGACCAUGCAGUGUCGGUCAGCAUGCCGAAAUGGGAUGAGGUGGUUGCUUUUGGGGAGAAGCACCCAUGCUACCUGGGAAAAAUGAUGACAGGGUAUCCACGAUACUUUCUUCAACCGUCAACAAGAGCCUUGAGUGACUUCUUUUCUCGGUAUGGGAAAGGAGAAUACGAACUAUUUCGACCCUUUGCGUCCCCUAGAUCAGCGGAAAAGUGCGUUGAUUAUGUGAAGCAACGACUAGGGCCAAAUUUACAAUUGCACAGGGAAGAGCUCGCAAUUGGAAAUAACGGUGCCUCGCAAAAAGAGAAUAGUUGUUUGAGAGUUGCGGUCAUUAUGGCUUCGGGCGAGGAGGCUGGGCUUGUGCAAGAAUACUGGAAGCUCUCAGGUGAAGUCAUGUCAUCUCGCUUGGCUACAUUUGCACUCUCAGGUCUGAAUGGCCAGUUGCUAGAGGACUCUUUCACGUCAAAAUGGGAAUUGGAACGCGAAAAAGGUGCGCAGGCAAAGCUCAUUAUCAGAGAGCGGAUCUCAAAAAUUUAUAGCAAGGGAUUGACGAGUAAGCAAACUGGGACUGGUCCCAAUGAUGUCCUCUUAUUCCCCAGCGGUAUUACUUCCAUAUUCACGGCCCGUCAGGUGGUCCUGGCGUGGAGCUCAUUACAGGGGCGUGCUUCCAGUGAUACGACAGUGGUGCUAGGAUUUCCUUUCAAAGACACGCCGAUGAUCAUGAAAGCUACAGGACCCCAUCAGUCUUUUAGUGUAGGAGACUCUAGGGAUUUGGAUAAUUUGGAAACGCUACUGAAAGCAGAAGGGACUAGAGUCUCUGCGGUUUUUACAGAAACUCCCUCCAACCCUCUUUUGAGAAUGACCGAUCUGGGGCGGUUACGGAAACUUGCCGACAGACAUGAAUUUUUCGUGGUCAUCGACGACACAAUUGGUGGGUUGAACAUUGAGGUAUUGAAAUAUGCAGACAUGGUUUGUACUUCUCUGACAAAGCUAUUCAAUGGUUCGAGUGACGUACUUGCGGGUUCUCUCGCCUUGAAUCCCAAUUCCAGAUUCUAUGAAUUUGCUCUGGAGUAUCUCUCAAGCACCGAGGUUGAAGAUCUAUUGUGGUGUCAAGAUGCCUGUAAGUUGGAAGAAAACUCGCGCAAUUUCGAAGAUAGAACACUAAGGACCAAUCAAAAUACUACAACAUUGUUGGAAUUGGUGUUGAAACCUGCACUGGGGGACAUUUUCAAGGCGAUCCACUAUCCUUCACUGCACUCGGAGACCAAGAAAAACUACGACUUAGUCAAGUCUCGUGUGGGUGGGUAUGGCUCUCUACUGUCCCUCACGUUUUUUGAUGAAGACACUGCCAGACGCUUUUACGAUUCUCUAAAGGUCUACAAGGGCCCUUCUCUAGGCACAAACUUUACUCUGGCAGUGCCAUUCACACUCUUGGCACAUUACGAUGAGUUAGAACAUGUUGAUUUAGCGUAUGGUGUGAAUCCGUACCUUGUCAGAGUAAGUAUUGGUCUUGAAGAUACCGCAUCUUUAUUAUCAAUCUUUCGAAAGGCCAUUGAAAGUGCCCGGAAUAAACCCUAG